ACCACAGCAUGAGGAACUGUAUUAAAGGGUCACGGCAUUAGGAAGGUUGAGAACCACUGCUCUAAGAUCUGGGUGUUUGGUGAAGUGGGAAAUGGCCCUUUAAGAGACAGUAGCUAGCUCCUAGUUGCCAUGGAGACAGCUGGAAACAGACCGGGUGGCAGGCAGCAGGCAGCAGGCAGCAUGUCCUCCAAAGUUCAAUCCAAAGGCCUCAAGGCCAAGGACCAGCCGGCCCCAGCCCCAGAGAGUCCGCCACCCCCAGAGGCCAAUGCUGAAGCCAUUCACUUCCUCAACUCCCUCAGCCAGGAGGAGCUGCAGAUGCUGUUCUUCUCUGAGACUCUGGCCAUGGUCUCGAAAACAGGGGAGCCUCAGGGAGAGCUGACCAUUGAGGUGCAGAGUGGGAAACACGAAGACAACACGGGCACCAUGUUGCCAUGCGCCCUUGUGCACGCCUUUAGCCGUGGCUUCGUGGACAAAAUGCUCUGCGGAAACUCUCUCCUGGGCUAUCUCACCUGGAACCUGGAGAUCGUGGAACAACAUAGUCAGGAGUUCAUCAAGUUCCACAUCCUCCCCAUGGAGCAGAAGACAAGUUUGCUGAAGCAGGGGGACCAGCUGGCCAUGACCAGAAGUAUCAAGGAGGGUGAGGAAGUGAGGAACGAAGUGACAUUCUUCCCCUGGCACUCAACUGCAGGCUUCAUCUCCCAGGCUGCCAACCUGCUGCUGCUGAGGGUGAUGGCCUGGAGGCAGAUGGUGCCCAGUAAUGCCCGCUUCCUGGCCUUGGACAUGGAGGGCAAAUUCUGCUAUUCCACCUACAAAGCCCUGGGCUCCCAGACCAUCCAGGUGGGCCGUCAGCAGGCGGACGCAUUCAUCGUGGAGCAGACCGUGCACUCGGUGGAGGGGAUCCCCUUCUCCUGCCAGUUCUACCUACUGUCUGACGGGCACCUGGCCAAGCGAGUCCAGGUGGGCUCCCCCGGCUGCUGCAUCAUCACCAAGAUGCCCGUCUUGAGGGAGGAAGAUGAGAUUGAGCCUCGCCCAGUGUUUGAGAAGAAGCCCCUGGCGUGGGAGGAGGACAUAGAGCUGCACUCGAGGUUCCUGGAACGGAAGGUGAGGAGAGGCUGCCCCCAGCCUGGGGUGCCUAUACCCGCUCCCCCAGGGCCCCCCUCCCCCCGCAUAAAUCCCAAAGUUAAAGAUCUCUCUUCCUACCGGCCUCCCGGCACCCGCUGCCAGCUCCCCAUUCUCACUGACCUUCGGAUCCCCACAAACUGCGUGUGA